AUGGAUAUCGAUCCUAACUUGACACGCGCAGAUUUGAUAGUAAUCCAAAACUUGUUUCACGAUGUCCCUAAGCUAAGGAAUCAAGGUGUGAAAGUACCGAAAAGUCUGUCAAGUUGUUCCAGGAGGACACGGGAUGCCCAAUGUGACUGUGUUGGGAGUCAGCAGAAACUCAACAACGAUGCCGCGAGAUCCGAUCACCUCUAUCACGCUGAGAAAUCGUCCGUCGAAACUUUGGCUUCAUUCAACAACCCUCAACAUGAAGACUUCGAACCCACCGUCUUUGUCAUGUGGGAUCUCAAGGAUGUUAAGCUUCCCCGACUUCUAAAUGACUACCUCCUGCAACCAUAUAUCAGGUUUGGGCGGAGUAUGGUCCGCGUCGAGACGGAUGUGGUCAUGCUCACGCAUCUCCUCCUGUACUUUGCAACAUCCGUCCCGAGUGCAAUUUUCCUGUAUUACCAUUUCAGCUGGAUCCAUGGAGUAUUUCAUUGGGCCAUGCAAUCCUAUUACGUGGGAACAUACACCCUCAUGAUGCAUCAACAUAUCCACAUGGGGGGGAUUUUGUCACCCAGGUACUCAUGGAUUGAUAUGUUGUUCCCAUAUAUCACCAACCCGUUAAUGGGCCACACUUGGAAUUCCUACUAUUACCACCAUGUCAAGCACCAUCAUGUCGAGUCCAACGGGCCCAAUGAUCUCUCGUCCACCAUUCGCUAUCAACGCGACGAUCUGGGUGACUUCCUCUGCUACGUUUGCCGAUUCAUGUUCUUUGUCUGGCUAGAGCUUCCGUUAUAUUUCUUCCGAAAGUCGAAAACACGAUUGGCUAUGAAAGCAGCAUUUUGGGAACUUGGAAGCUAUCUUGCUAUUUUUCUCCUGUUUGCCCUCAAUUGGAAGACUACCACGUUUGUCUUUGCUUUGCCCCUCUUACAGUUACGGGUGGGGCUGAUGGUUGGAAAUUGGGGCCAGCAUGCCUUUGUGGAUGAGAUUGACCCUGACUCCGACUUCCGCUCAAGUAUCACAUUGAUAGAUGUUGCCAGCAACCGUUUCUGCUACAAUGACGGCUACCAUACUUCUCACCAUUUAAAUCCUCUGAGACACUGGCGGGAACAUCCCGUUGCCUUUCUCAGACAGAAAGAGCGCUAUUCCAAAGAGCACGCGCUUGUAUUCCAUAACAUCGACUAUGUUAUGAUAACUGUCAAACUGCUGCAGAAGGACUAUGCCCACUUGGCGAAAUGCCUAAUUCCCAUUGGAGAGCAGGUACAUAUGAGUUUAGAUGAGAUUGCUGCCAUGCUCCGAACGAAAACACGUCGAUUUAGCGAAGCAGAUAUUAAACAGAAGUUCAGGGUGAACCACUAG